GUUUCACCCCAUUUAAGAACAUUAUUUAUAAGUAGUAUUAUUAUUACUAUAUAUUGUGUGAAUAAGAAUAUAUAUGAUGAUGAUGAUGAAUAUGGAAGAACUCCCACCAGGGUUUAGAUUUCAUCCAACAGAUGAAGAAUUAAUAAGUUAUUAUUUAGCUUCAAAAGUUUCUGAUUCUUCUUUUACUUGUAAACCUGUUGCUGUUGUUGAUCUCAACAAAUCUGAGCCAUGGGAUCUUCCAGAAAAGGCGUCAAUGGGAGAAAAAGAAUGGUAUUUUUUUAGCUUGAAAGACCGAAAAUACCCAACGGGGCUUCGAACGAACAGGGCCACGGAAGCUGGGUAUUGGAAAACUACCGGGAAAGAUAAGGAAAUCCUUAGGUCAGGAACCGGUGUACUUGUCGGAAUGAAGAAAACCCUAGUUUUCUACAAGGGUAGAGCUCCGAGGGGCGAAAAAAGUAAUUGGGUUAUGCAUGAAUACCGCCUUCAAAACAACCAUCCUUUCAACCACUCAAAGGAAGAGUGGGUGGUAUGUAGGGUUUUCCAAAAGAGCAAUGGUGUCAAAAAACCACAACAAACACAAUCAUCACACGAGCUAUCGAUUGAGUCACCAUGUGAUGAUACAAACUCGAUACUAAAUUACAACAAUAAUAUCAAUGAGUUUGGAGACAAUAUUAAUAUCGAUCAUCAUCAUCAUCGCAUGAUCAUCCCUAAUAAUAAUUUUGAUCAUCAUCAACAACAACAACAAGAUUUCAUCAUCAACAAUAAUAAUAUGAUGAUGAAUUUAAACAACAUAAAUAAUAAUAUUAAUCCUCUUAUAAUACCAUCUCUUAAUUCUUCAUCAUCAUGGAAUUAUUCUAACUUGCUUAAUAACCCUAAUAUUAAUAAUCUCUCUUCAUCAAUGAACUCUUUCAUUCUCAAGGCAUUACAACUUAGGAAUAAUAUUAAUAACAAUAAUAAUAAUAAUAUUGUUUAUAAUAAUAAUAAUAAUAUUGUUUAUAGUAAUAAUAAUAAUAAUAAUGUUAUAGAUUUAAGUACUACUACUUCUUCUCAACUACAGGAGCAACCAUUCAGCUUGGACUCUUUUGAUCAACUCUAAAAAAAACCCUAACUCUUAUUAUAAUUUUUUUUAAUUGUAAUAUUUAUCUGUGAAAAAGGGAAGACCCAUGACAAUUAAUGGGGCCUUUUUUUUAAGUUGUAUUUUAUUUUCAUGAUUUUCUCUUGUAUUAAUCAAUUGUUGUAGUUGAUGUUCAUUAGAUAUGUAUUUCAAAUAAAUUAAGGGAGAAUCCCUAUUUUAUGUUUU